AUGGGGAAAAUACGGGAGCCUUCCUUUGUGUUCAGUCCUACCACUCCUCAAAACCAGCACCAGAAUCUCAAAAAUGAGGACUCUGAGCUGGCGCUUGCACGGCUGCUGAUGUUUGAAAGGCUUUGGAGUUGUAUCUUACGUCAAAUACAGGCCUCUCAAGGGUGUAAGCCAAACAAUUCUCCAGAUAUUGUAGAGGAUAAGCACUGUCCUGAAGCUCGUUGUAUAAUUUUCAGAAAUUUACUAACGAGUUUGCCAGUGAAUAACACAGGAAUGUUUCGCAGGUUAUGCCUCCUUGUCCAGGAUGCCUACGGUAUGUUCAGUGAAGUGCAGUUGCAGUCCCUGAGUUCUGCAGAUGACAUUGAGCGGUAUUGCGGGAGAUGGGAAGGAAAAUUCUGCUGCUUAGCUGGGAUGAAAAUUUUGCAAAGGACUACAAGAGGAAGGGCAUUAGGACUUUUUAGCCUGAUAGACAGUCUUUGGCCUCCAGUAGUGCCUGUGAAAGUUCCUGGACAAAGUCAAGACUCUGAAAUGACAACUAAUCUUCCUCCUCCCAGCUUCUGUUAUAUUCUUACUGCUCAGUCUGGUGAAAUACACGUGGAAGUAGAUGAGGAGGAACAGAUUUCUAAUUUGUACCAGCCACCAGCUGUUCAUGGUCUAAAGGAAAUUCUUCAGAUCAAUGGUUGUAAUGAACGGUGUAGCUUUUGGGCACAAGUGCUGUAUCUAAAGCUGCAGGUAAUCUUUUCACCUAGCAAUGAAUUCAGCACAAAACAUAGUGUUCCUGUAAAUCACAGAGAGAUUUGGUUGUUUGUGACUGACUCCACAUUGCAAAAUGUGGUUCAUACGACUCCAAAAGUUGUUGCUCUGUCAGUCGCUGCAUCGUGUGUUCUCACUACGGAAAUCACAGAAGCACUCAGUGUUGCCUCACGACUCAUCUUCUUCAAGGAUGCGCUGUGGGGAAAUGGUAGGAUUAUUUGUGUUGAACGUACUGUUCUCUUAUUACAAAAGCCUCUUUUGUACUCGGCUGCCGGUGCUGACCUCAGUGAGCUGACUGGCCCCGUCAGACUCGAUGAGCUGGAUUCUACAACACAGCCCAACUCCAUUUGUGCUGUAAGAGGUACUGUUGUUGGAGUCAAUGAGAACACUGCUUUUUCCUGGCCUACAUGUGACAGAUGUGGCAAUGGAAAGUUGGAACUGUGUCCCCAGGACAGAGGAUUGCUGUAUUGCAACCAGUGCUCUGAAGUUGUCACCUCACCGGUUUUGAAAAUGCAGCUGCAAGUCUUCUUGAGUUGUCCAUCCCGACCUCAAAGUACAGUAAAAGUAAAGCUGUUACAAAGGACUAUCUCUUCUCUCCUGAUGUCCUCCACCAGUGAGGAUGGGAGUUAUGAGGUGCAGAGCGUGCUGGGAAAGGAGGUGGGGUUAUUGAACUGCUACGUCCACUCCGCAACCAGCCACCCCAACUGUGUUGCACUGGAGGAAAUUGCUCUUCUGGAAGCAGCAGCAAGACACUGA